AUGUCUUCUAACUUCUUUCUUGAUGGUACUCCUGAUGAGGUCAAAAAUGCAAAGGUUAUUUACUCCAUAUCAGACACCCACACUCUACUCAAUAUUACGACUAAUGAGCAGAAGAAAGAUUGGUUUCUAAAGCUCAACCCAAAUGGCCGAAUUCCCAUCUUGAUUGAUAACACCAAGACACCUCCAUUUCCUGUCAUGGAGACUAGUGCAGAGUUAUUAUAUCUCUUGAAAGAGUUUGAUAGCAAAGAUAUAUUCGGAUUUAAGGAUGAGUUGGAGAGAAAUGAGUGUCUUCAAUGGCUCUUCUUUUGGCAUGGUAGUUACCAAGGUCAAGUGACCUACUUUGCCAAGAUUGCAAGUGAGAAAAAUCCAGCAUGGGUGAGUGGAUGGGACUUCUCAGGUGCUAUUACGCAGGAAGAAAUGAACCAGUUCCCAAAUUUGUUGAAAUGGAUUGAUAGAAUUGCUGAGAGUGGAACAUCCGAAAAAUGGCAAAAUUGGUGA